AAAGUCACCAAAGACCAAAAGAUAUCGAGUUUUCUUGGCUUGUUUCUUUCGUUCUCUACUCGUUUUCUCUCUGUAGAAUUUUCUUUCACGUCCUGUUAUUCCCUUCCUCUCCCCUUGCGAUUGUCGUAGAAUCCAUGGCAGCUGACCUCCAAAUCCAAUGGCAUGCAAAGAAGAAACCUUUUUAACUCAACAAGGAAAGGGUUAUUAUUAGUUUCUUGUUCAUUUUUCAUUUUCAAGAUCCAUGGGUUCGUAUCAAUUCCUUCACCAUCCAAAUCAGGUACGCGAUUCUCCUUGUUCUACCGAUAUUCGCCGUGGGUUUUCCAAGUCCCAAAUGUUCCUCCAAAAGAUUUUACGAAUUAUUGCUUCAUACCCACCACAAGAAACCUCGAGAGUAUCGUCUUUGAAUCGUGAGUUAGAAGAGAAUAAGGGACUGGGUAUCGAUUUGAACGUGGGAUUUUGCCCAUCGCCGGAAACUGAACCAUCAGAGUGUUUAAGUUCUUGUAGCGUUGUGCAUAAAGUUUUUAGCAACUGUUCAGAGGCGGAUUUUGGUGGAGUUUUUGCUGCGGAAAAGAGCUCAUCAGAAGGAGAAUGUGAUCCUAAAGAGGUCAGGGACCAGUUGGGUACUGAUUCUCCCACAAUUGAAGCAAUUGGUGAAGAAUCUCGAAACUUAGAAGUUUCAGAAGCCACAAAUCUGGAAGCAAAAGACGUCAAACAAGAAGCAAAAGAAAAACAAGAAAGUCUUGAUGGUGAUGAUGGAGGGGUCAAAAUAGCGCCGCCGUUUCAAGAAGAAGAAGAAGAAAAACGCAAGAAAAAUGGUUGUUUUUCUCUUCCCAUUGAAGCAGCAGAAAUGGUUUCCGGUAGUUCGGAGGAUAAGGAAGAGUUUAAGGCUCCUCCAAGUCAAGAAAAAGAAUCAGAACCAGCUAAAGUUAGAAACGGUGAGUCAUCGAGAAACAGCGAGGGUUUUAGCGUGGAAAAUUCGUUAGCAGAUAAUGAAGACACAUCUCCAGUGGUGAGAUCGAAGAGAGGAAGGAGCCAGGUGCUGCCGUCCAGAUACAGAGACUCUGUUAUUCUUCUUGCGCCGUGGAAGCGGCUGGCAGGAUCACAAAGACCAGCAGCCGCACCCAUGGUUUCCACGAAGAGAGUUACGCAAAAUGGCAGCAGAAAAGAACAAUACAUUACCUGUAAUAUUGUAGAAGAAGUGAAGGAUUCUUGUUUUUAGCUAAUAGAUAUUAAUGGAUAUUGAAGUCGUCUUUAGAGCCAUGAAAUCUAAUUAUCUUUAAAGCUGUGAAGAAUCGAGUUCGUAUUCUAAAUUCAAUCGUCCUAAAAGAGAUUAGAAGGUGGAUUAGAAGCAGAAGAAAGAUUGAGAGGAAUCAAAGGAUAGUCAUCAUAUAUGAUAAACAAUUGAUGCUUCUACAUUUGUUGUUUCCAUGACUUUAAAAGUGUAAUUCCUAGUUCCUUUGUCAACUUGGUAUAUUAAUGGAAUUUUGUUGUUUGUGUUUA